AGGAGGAGGAGGAGCAGGAGCAGGAGCAGGAGCAGGAGCAGGAGCAGGAGCAGGAGGAGGAGAAGGAGCAGGAGGAGGAGGAGGAGCAGGAGGAGCAGGAGCAGGAGCAGGAGCAGGAGCAGGAGCAGGAGCAGGAGCAGGAGCAGGAGCAGGAGCAGGAGCAGGAGCAGGAGCAGGAGCAGGAGCAGGAGAAGGAGAAGGAGAAGGAGAUGGAGAAGGAGGAGCAGGAGAAGGAGGAGCAGGAGCAGGAGCAGGAGCAGGAGCAGGAGCAGGAGCAGGAGCAGGAGCAGGAAAAGGAGCAGGAGCAGGAGCAGGAGCAGGAGCAGGAGCAGGAGCAGGAGCAGGAGCAGGAGCAGGAGGAGCAGAAGGAGGAGCAGGAGCAGGAGGAGGAGCAGGAGCAGGAGCAGGAGAAAGAGGAGGAGGAGGAGGAGCAGGAGCAGGAGCAGGAGCAGGAGCAGGAGCAGGAGCAGGAGCAGGAGCAGGAGCAGGAGCAGGAGCAGGAGCAGGAGCAGGAGCAGGAGCAGGAGGAGCAGGGUCUACAUGUCAUAUCUGAACCGGCCUUCAAAUGCUCUGAGCUGA